AUGGCAAAGGGAGCGAUCCAUAUAACUGGCUCGAAUUUUGCCAUCAGAAGGCGUUUAAGAUGGGAUAUUCUCGAUAGAGGACGUAAACUUGUCAACAGUGGGACCAUAGAGCGACCAAGGUGGUUGGACUGGGUGGAAAUGGCGCCUCCGCUGGAAACUAGGAAUUUACUACAUACUGACAAGGUUAUAAAGAAUCCAUACAUACCUCUUGUCACGACUCUCUUGAAAAAGUACCCUCAUUUGAGGUUUGAAAAGUGUUUUGACUCUGGAAAUGAAUGGCAAAAGGGAGUUGACAAUUACAAUGUGGACCACCCAGUGAUGCAGUUUGUGGCGUACCAGCUCAGUCUAAUGAACAAGGGAAUGAGUAAAACUGAAGCUUUUAUGAGGACUGAAAAGGUGUUUUAUAGAAAGCGCAUGGAAAUUGAGAAGAACCUAAAGGUAGCCAUGGCAUUGGCAAUCGAUGAAGAAGCUGUACCCUUGUACACAACCGGAUUCGCAUAUUGGAACGAAAAACUGGCAGAGGGACAGGGAAGGUUUUUGAUACAAGUUAGAAACGAACUAAGGAGAAUCAAGGAAGAAGUUUUAAAAAGCCAAAAACAGCUGGAAGACAAAAAAGUUAAAUCUAAGCCGUGA